GGUUUUGAGACUAAAGAUGCUUCGCUCUGCACUUGUGGUUUUCACCGCAUUAUUUGCAGGUCUUACACUCGCAUGCGAACCCGAUUGCAGACAUGGUCUUGCCAAUGAUUUUUCAAAGUUCUACAGUCCUGUGUUGCAAAUGGCAAUCGACGAACUCCACGAGAAACUUGCUGCAGAACUCACUAAACCCAUCACAAUUGCUGAACAACUAUCUGUUGUCGUUUACGAAGAAAAUAUUCGUGAAGAUGUCCGUACCAAUAUUGGCCCUGCAUUGAAGGGCUUUGUUGCAGAGGCUGUAGGAAAGAAACUUGAAGAUGGCAUCUUCAAAGUGAUGUUUGCCGAGGAACUCCCUUUCAAGGGCGAUUGCAACAAUCCCAAGAGAAUUGACAGAAAGAUGCCCCCUCCUGGAGAAAGCUGGACAAGAGAAGAAUGUGAGAAGAUGGACUAUAUCUGCGGUAACCCUCCUUCUAUCUGUCAUUUCUUGCCCGAUAUCAAAUUACGUAUUGUGGGUCGUAUUCGUCAACAACUUCAUGAUUACGCCAGAUACCAGCAGGGCUUGUUGUUCCGUACCAUUGCUCAGACUUACAGACAGUCUGUUCACAAUACACUGGUUAAAUAUGGUGCUGGAUCAAUGACCAAUGACCCAAGCGUCAUGGCAUAUGUUAACACGCUCAUCAGUGGUGCUGGAAAUGCCACUGAGGACUGGCUUGUUGAAGACAUUUCUGAACUGUGUACUCGUCCUGCACAGAAAGAACUUUGCGAUGGUUGGGAUGAAAAGAUUAUUCCAGAGAUCCUCAAGUGGCCUUAAAAGAGUCCAUAUAUAUAUAAUAUUUUUAAUAGACUAUCAAUAAAUAUAUACACAACACAAGAC